AUGCUAAAGAAUCUCAAACUCUCUAAAAGAGAUAGCCACGGCUCCAAGGGCAGAAUCACAUCUGCUGAUAUAUCAACUCCCACUAAUUCGCAAGAAAGUGCUAAUGUCAUUAAGCAUAUGAAGACCAUCCCACUAAGACAUGGCUCAACGCAUAGCACUGGAAGAAACUCCAAUUCAAUAAAUCGCUUCUCGAAAGAUAUACUGUCACCUGAGAAAGUGAUCAAGGCAUUAUAUAAUUAUCAUUCUCAAACACCAAAUGAAGUUUCAUUUGUAGAAGGUGAAUUUUUCUAUGUUAUAAAUGAAACAGAGGAAUGGUAUGAGGCAUCCAAUCCAUCAAACGGGAAGAAAGGUAUGGUUCCUAAGUCGUAUUUUGAAGAAUUUGAUAGGACAAGGCCGGCAUCUAUUGGAGGCACGUUAAACCCCAAAAGAACUAGUCAGACUUCCAGUAUGGAGCAAUCAAAGAUGGGAUCUUUAUAUGCGAUUGUUCUUUAUGAUUUUAAGGCUGAAAAAUCUGACGAAUUAACUGCAUAUGCUGGUGAGAAUUUAUUUAUAUGUGCUCAUCAUAACUACGAAUGGUUUAUUGCGAAACCAAUAGGACGAUUAGGUGGUCCUGGUUUGGUCCCUGUUGGAUUCGUUAGUAUUGUGGAAAUUGCAACUGGUUAUGCUACAGGAAAUGAUGUUAUAGACGAUAUUAAAUCAGUCAAUCUGCCUACUGUUCAAGAAUGGAAAACUAAUAUAGCGAAGUAUAAGGCAAGUAAUAUUAAUCUUGGUACAGCAGAACCGUCGUCGUCAUAUAUGGAAGAUAUAAUGGAAGAUGCGGUUCCUUCAAGUCAUGCUAAUGGAGGAGAAGAUGAAUCUGAGAUGAUAAUUAGCGCGUCCGUUGACUCUUUUGGGUUGGAAGAUGAUAAAUAUUGGUUUGCAUUAAAUUGUAAUUUACUAAAUGGGAAAUCCAGAAAAUUGAAAAGAUAUUACCAAGACUUUUAUGAAUUACAAGUACAGUUAUUAGAUUCCUUCCCAGCAGAAGCAGGAAAAUUAAGAGAUUCCAGUGGUAAUUGGACAAAACGUAUAUUACCAUAUAUUCCCGGGCCAGUACCUUUUAUUACCGAGACUAUUACGAAGAGAAGAAGAGAGGAUUUGAAUGUAUAUGUUUCUGAUCUAAUUAGACUCCCAGAUUACAUUUCUGGUUCAACGAUGGUGAGAGCUCUUUUUAAGUUAAGAGAUAAUGGAUAUGAUGAAGAAAGAAGUCAACAAGCGACUAUCAAUGUUGCAAAGGAUGGGGAUACUGCAGUAUUCCAAGGAGAAAAUAACAUUAAUAAUAAUGAGGAUCACACCUUAACACGUGAAGAUUUGAAUAUACAAGAAAAACUUUCAAGCUUAUCGAUUUCAACGAAAUCUGUGUCGCAAUCAAGACCUCCAAGUACGUCACAGUCGUCCGCUAAAACUACUAAAAUAAAAUUUUAUUAUAAGGAUGACAUUUUCGCUUUAAAAUUGAACGCAGAUAUAACGUUUGAAGAGCUCUAUAGUAAGAUUGCACCAAGAAUUGAUACUGCGAAAUUUAAAUUACAAAUUAGAUUGAGUGAUGGAGAUGCUGAAGAAAUUAAGACAGAUGAACAAGUUAAGCAAGUCCUCCAAGCAAAAUUGAAGAUUUCCGUUCAUGAUUGCUAG